CGAUCAAACCCUACGGCGAUCAAACCCUACCGUUUGGGAGGAGUAGAGAGGGAGGGCGGUCGUUGCAGACAGAGAGAGAUCGCAGAGAGGGAGAGAGAGAGAGAGAUUGCAGAGAGGGAGAGUGCGUUUCUCCUUCUUCCCCUCUUUUUAAAAAUCUGACCGUUGAGCCUGUAAGUGGCUUACAGGGAAGUGACUUCUCACCCCCAUCGCCCUGCAGUUUUUGGUAGAUUUGCCUGUAAGUGACUUACAGGUGAAUUUUCUCCCCCAAACACCACCUGUUCCCACUUACCCAACUUACAGGCAUCCAAACAGGCCCUAAACCAGUCGCGGGUUUACAACAGCGGCAGAACAGGCAUUUGAAAUCUCCUUCUGCUUUCAAUCCCUUCUUCCAACCUCACGUUUACAAUGGAUAAACUAGACAAGGAGACUCUUGUCAAGAUUGUAAAGUUGGUCCAAAAACAAGGAAUGAAGGGUGCUAAAGGAGGCUGGAAGGAAUUUUUGGAUUUCCAUGAUAAGAGGUUUGGUUCUAGUUUAAGUGAUCCUGCAAAGAGAUCUAUUGAUACCCUGAUUGCGUUUCUAACAACUUUCACAAAAGAGGAAGAUUUAGAGUUCAUUGCCAAAAUCACAAAGAAUCGUGAAAGAAUAGAAGAACUUGCUAAAAGCUCCUCAGAUGUUGAAUCCCCUCAACAAAGGCUGGUCCGUUUAACUAUCGAACACCCCCUUUACGGAAAAUAUUAUGACCCUAUCACAUCCUUUAAUGAGGAGUGGGUGGUUACAAAGUUAGGAAAAGUUUCAAAGGCAAUAAAAUCAACUGCAAUGAUAGCUGUUGACUGUGAGAUGGUUCUUUGUGAAGAUGGUACAGAGGCAGUAGUGAAAGUUUGUCUGGUGGAUCACAAUUUGGUGGUUAAACUCGACAAACUUGUAAACCCUAAUAAAGCUGUUGCUGACUACAGAACUGAGAUUACUGGAAUUUCUGCUAAGGAUUUGGAAGGAGUUACCUCUUCUUUGAUAGAUAUACAGAAAUCUUUGAAGAAGCUGUUGUCACAUGGGACUAUUUUAGUAGGCCACAGUUUACAUAAUGAUCUACAAGCACUAAAACUAAAUCAUGCAAGAGUGAUUGACACGUCAUUUAUCUUCAAAUAUCUGGAUGAAACUACUCACAGUACACCUUCUCUGAAUAAUCUCUGCAAGUCUGUGUUGGGGUAUGAAGUUCGAAGAGAUGAUGCUCCUCAUAAUUGUCGAGAUGAUGCAGUUGCUGCAAUGAAGUUAGUUCUGGCCAAGAUAGAGCAUGGAUUUGAUGAUCCUAUUGCGGUUGAAAGGAAACAUGUACCUGAAACAGACUUCAGAAAGCUUUUUCUUCACAGAAUACCAAUUGGUGUGCCAAGUCAAGAAUUGAUGAAAAUAUUUCCUCCAAAUUUUACUGUUGAAGUUCAGCCCAAUUGUAGAGUUCGAGGCCGAAGAUAUUCCACCUUUGCUAUUUUCAAGGAUUCUGAAGCAGCAUGUGAAGCAUUUGAAAAAAUAGAAGGCAAAGUAGAAAAGGAUGUACAUGGCCGGCCUCAGAAGCUCAUUUCUUUCCAACCAAAAAAGGGAUCAACUGCCAGUGUCUAUGUUCAGAAAAUGACAUCUGAUGCUCUUCUCGAGAAACCCGACUUAUUAAAGAGGAGAUUGGCCCAAGACGAGGGGGUGCAAUCCAAAAAGCCAAAGGUGGACAUGCUUGAGGAGGACUGCGUCAAAGAGUAUCAGUGUGACCACGUCAAAGAGAUCGAAACACUGAAACAAGAACUGCGCCAAAAGGAAGAAGAAAUAUCUAAUUUGCAAAAAAUCCUAUCCGCUCUUACAAGGAAACAUGGGCUCUGAAAUUGCCCAUGGAUAUUUAGGAACAUGUACCUUCAUAUAUUGAAUUUUCAUGAAUUCCCAGGUUCAACCUCUCUUUUUUUUUUUUUUUUUCUUAUUUAUAACCAAUAUAUAUAGAACUUGAUCAACAUUCAUGCAGGACUUCAUUAAAUUUCAAUGAAACAUCAUGUUACAACUAGUA